ACACUUUCCCCUCUUCUGCAGCAGACGGACUGAGUUCCUCUAAUCCCUGUGCUCCUUCUCCCCCAUCUUUCUAAAACCCUUCUCUGAGAGAGGAAUAACUAUAGCUUCGGGGAUAAUAUAGCUUUAAGGAAACUUUUGGCAGAUGCGGACGUCGUAACAUCUGGCCAGUGUUAACAGAAUCCCGGAGGCCGGGACAGACCAGGAGCCACUCGUUCUAGGAAUGUUAAAGUAGAAGGUUUUUUCCAAUUGAUGAGAGGAGCAGAGAGGAAGGAGAAAGAGGAGGAGAGAGAAAAAGGGCACAAAAUACCAUAAAACAGAUCUCAUAUUUCUGCUUCCCCUCACUUUUGGAAGUUAAUUGAUGGCUGACUUCUGAAAGUCACUUUCCUUUGCCCUGGUACUUCAGGCCAUAUACAUCUUUUCCUGUCUCCAUAAUCCUCCCUUUCAAGGAUGGCCAGUCAACUAACUCAAAGAGGAGCUCUCUCUCUGCUGUUCUUUCUAACUCCGGCAGUGACACCAACAUGGUAUGCAGGUUCUGGCUACUAUCCGGAUGAAAGCUACAAUGAAGUGUAUGCAGAGGAGGUCCCACAGGCUCCGGCCCUGGACUACCGAGUCCCCCGAUGGUGUUAUACAUUAAAUAUCCAGGAUGGAGAAGCCACAUGCUACUCACCGAGGGGAGGAAAUUAUCACAGCAGCCUGGGCACGCGUUGUGAGCUCUCCUGUGACCGGGGCUUUCGACUGAUUGGAAGGAGGUCGGUGCAAUGCCUGCCAAGCCGUCGCUGGUCUGGAACUGCCUACUGCAGGCAGAUGAGAUGCCAUGCACUACCAUUCAUCACUAGUGGCACUUACACCUGCACAAAUGGAGUCCUUCUUGACUCUCGCUGUGACUACAGCUGUUCCAGUGGCUACCACCUGGAAGGUGAUCGCAGCCGAAUCUGCAUGGAAGAUGGGAGAUGGAGUGGAGGCGAGCCUGUAUGUGUAGACAUAGAUCCCCCCAAGAUCCGCUGUCCCCACUCACGUGAGAAGAUGGCAGAGCCAGAGAAAUUGACUGCUCGAGUAUACUGGGACCCACCGUUGGUGAAAGAUUCUGCUGAUGGUACCAUCACCAGGGUGACACUUCGGGGCCCUGAGCCUGGCUCUCACUUUCCCGAAGGAGAGCAUGUGAUUCGUUACACUGCCUAUGACCGAGCCUACAACCGGGCCAGCUGCAAGUUCAUUGUGAAAGUACAAGUGAGACGCUGCCCAACUCUGAAACCUCCGCAGCAUGGCUACCUCACCUGCACCUCAGCGGGGGACAACUAUGGUGCCACCUGUGAAUACCACUGUGAUGGCGGUUAUGAUCGCCAGGGGACACCCUCCCGGGUCUGUCAGUCCAGCCGCCAGUGGUCAGGUUCACCACCAAUCUGUACUCCUAUGAAGAUUAACGUCAAUGUCAACUCAGCUGCUGGUCUCUUGGAUCAAUUCUAUGAGAAACAGCGACUCCUCAUCAUCUCAGCUCCUGAUCCUUCCAACCGAUAUUAUAAAAUGCAGAUCUCUAUGCUACAGCAAUCCACCUGUGGACUGGAUUUGCGGCAUGUGACCAUCAUUGAACUGGUGGGACAGCCACCUCAGGAGGUGGGGCGCAUCCGGGAGCAACAGCUGUCAGCCAACAUCAUCGAGGAGCUCAGGCAAUUUCAGCGCCUCACUCGCUCCUACUUCAACAUGGUGUUGAUUGACAAGCAGGGUAUUGACCGAGACCGCUACAUGGAACCUGUCACCCCCGAGGAAAUCUUCACAUUCAUUGAUGACUACCUACUGAGCAAUCAGGAGCUGACCCAGCGUCGGGAGCAAAGGGACAUGUGCGAGUGAACUUGAGCCAGGGCAUGGUUGAAGUCAAGGGAAAAGCUCCUCUAGUUAGCUGAAACUGGGACCUAAUAAAAGGAGGAAAUGGUUUCCCACAGUUCUAGGGACAGGACUCUGAGGUAGGUGAGUUUGCCAAAUCCUACAAUGUUUCCAGGCAUCCUUUUAGGGCUGUGUAAGUUUCCCUAGAAGCUAGGCAGGGACUGAGGACAGGCCUUGGGCAGUGGGUUGGGGGUAGAAGUUCUUCCUUUCCUAACCCGGGCCCUUGCCCAGCUCUCCAAAGUCUUUCAGAGAAGUAAAUCCUAAAUUCACUCACGAACUGGCUGUUUUAACUGGUUCCUCUACCCUGAGGUGACAGCAGAGGGCAGCACGAGCACAACAGAAACCAGCUUACACUUUAAGCAAGCGUAGCUGGAUUUUCCUUAUAGGAUGAGGGGUGGGUAGCAGGGUACAAAACAUCCUUUUUUUUUUUUUUUUUUUUUUUUUUUGAGACGGAGUCUUGCUUUGUCGCCCAGGCUGGAGUGCAGUGGCGUGAUCUCGGCUCACUGCAAACUCCGUCUCCCAGGUUCAUGUCAUUCUCCUGCCUCAGCCUCCCGAGUAGCUGGGACUACAGGUGCCUGCCACCACACCCGGCUGUUUUGUAUUUUUAGUAGAGACGGCUUUUGACCAUGUUAGCCAGGAUGGUCUCGAUCUCCUGACCUUGUGAUCCGCCCGCCUCGGCCUCCCAAAGUGCUGGGAUUACAGGCAUGAGCCACCGCGCCCGGCCCAAAACAUUCUUGAACUUGUCAUUUCCCCUUCUAGGGCAUUGGGCAGCAAAUGUUAUCUGAACCAUUGCUUUGCUGUUAGGAAAACCCUGCAGUGGGAGAGAGCUUGGGAAGAUGUAUCCAAUCAGAGCAGAAUGCUCUCUGGGGCCCUCCAGCUGGCUCACGGGCAAGAACCCCUUCUUCCUGAGGCCUCCCGUUUCUGUAGCAGAAGGCAAACAAUUCUCUCCCUUCCUCAGAGGAGUCCCCAGCUUAUUACUUAGGAAACUUCAAAACCACCACUGCAGGUCAUAGGGAAAGAAAAGAAAAACAGACUCAGCCUCAUGUAUUAACUUCUUCAGAUACUUGUCCCCUUUUGAGAGAUGAGCACAGAGCAGGUGGGAGCUAUAGCAGCACAAAAUCAAGCCUUACCAGGCCUAAAAUUCGAGGUGGAGCCACACACAGAUCCCUGCUCUGACUGCAGUCCCUCUCAAUGGUGUGCCAGUGUCUGAAAGAAAAGUGUUCUCUCCCUUGCUGCUGAGAACCUUCUUUCAUAGUCAUGGAACCCAGAGUCAUAGCUAAGACUCAGCAGCCUCUCUCCUUCAGCUUUACUCAGGGGAUCAUCAGUGGAUGACUUGAGGGGAGAAGGAAGCAGGCUGGGUGGGGAGGCAGAGCUCAUAAUGCUCAAGCACUAUGUGCCAGGUGCUGUCCUAAACACUCUACUGAUUGACUCUGAAGUCUUCACAAGAACCCUAUGAGGUAGGUACUGUUAUUAACCCCAUUUUACAGAUGAGGAAAUUGAAGCUGAGUGAGAUUAGGUAAUUUGCCUAAGAUCAGACAGCUAGUAAGUGGCAGAGUCAGGAUUUCAACACCAGCAGCCUGGCUCUAGAGGCAAUGUUCUUCUUAGACAUGCCAUCCUGACGCUACUUCUUUUCCUACUUUCCAUUUAAAGACAACUGAAAGCCGUAAGCAAGGAGAAAGUUUCCAGGUUCUAUAAUCCUACCCAGACACAAGGCUCAGAGUGGGCUCAGGAGGAAAGAGGGAAAUGAAAGGCUCUCAACCUGAGAAAAUUCAGUCUUGAAAGCAGAGUGAUGGGACAUAAAUCAUGAGGCCAGAACAAAUUGGGGGAGCAUGAGUCAGAGAGAAUCUCCUUCCACUGGGGUUUUAGUGGAAAUCUCAUUUAAAUGCAAAAUAAAAAAUUAGGGAGUUGCUGGGUAGAAUGGAACAUGGAGGAAAUGUUCAAAGUUGGAGCAAAAAGGUCCCUUCUCCCUCUUCCCGCCAGGGAAAUAUGGGAACUGUGAGAGGCAGCAGGCAAGUUAUGGGCAGAAGGCAGAUACAAUGAGUUCAUAUGGGAAAUUUCUGGUCAGACUAGGUCUGUGGUUCCAAAGGCAAAGACUGCACCUUGGGCAAGAUGAAUGCCCUUCGUUGUCUUUAUCAUUAACACUUCAAAUGGGGCAAGCCAGGACAUACUAGCAGGUCAAAGGCCCAAACAGAGGAGGCCUACUACCUCCUGAACAGAGCUCCACCUGGACCUGACUCAAGGAACAUUUAUAUGCAACUGAGGAGCUUUUGUUUAAUUUCAUUUUGAAUAGUCAAGGCAAGUCAAUCUUGCUUUUUUAGGUAAAGUUUUACAGUAACCUCCUUCGUAGUCCUUUGAAGAUGAGGAUUUGAGAAAUCCCAACUCCUAAAGUAGGGGAGAGACAGCAGCAGAAUAAGACCCACAGCCAGACCCAAAAGGGCUAGCCCGACCCCUGUAUAUAUUGUACCUCUCUCUCUGCCCACCUCUCCCCCACUUCUUCCCCCUGCCCCACUCUCUCUUAUCCUGCCUGUCCCUCUCCCCUAUUUCUCUGUCUCUCUCUGUCUGUCUCUCUCACAUACACUCACACUCACUCACAAGCAGUACAGUCACUAAGUUGGCUAGGUAAUAUCCAACUUAAUUGUCCUACUUUUUGUAAAUUGAACUUAUUUAAGAUAUUUUAGAAGAGAUGAGUCAUCUCUUCCUUUGACUCUUCACCCAUAACACAUAUACCAUUCUCACAGGAGGCCUCAUGGUGCAGUAGAGUCAGACUUUGGUUCAAAGCCCAACUCUGUCAUGUGACAGUGGGCUUGAGUUUCCUCAUCUGUAAAAAGGGAAGAUUUCCUCCUUCAUAAAGUGGUUGGAGAAAUUAAAGAAAUAGUAUAUGAAGCCUUGCACAUAAAAAGCAUUUGCUAUAUAUUAAUGCCCUUUUGCACAAGAGGUCAAGAAUUGCUUGGGUUAUACCUAGAAAUCAAGAGCCUUAUUUCUGGCACCUGUGUUAUUUCUCUCAAAACUACAUAAUGGUAGGAGGAGUAAAAGAAAAAGUCCCCGCCUCCCAGAGAAAUUGAAGGAUCCAGAAAGAAGUGCUUAUAGCAGGGAAUGUCUUCCCUCACCUCCUAUAUGAACAUCUCUCUCCUUCCUCCAGUAUAGGAGGGUCUACAAAGCUAAAGGAAGAAUUCUUUUGUUAUGAGAUAGAAAAGUGGUACCACUUUUAAGAUGAUUUCUCAGUUCUCUCCUUAGAUACCAAACACAAAGGACGAGGGAUCAAGCUCAGCGAAGGUAUCAGGCAUUUAAGGUAUCAGGCAGCAAUGCAGAGAAAGGCGAAUUUUCUUCAAUCAGCAUAGGAUGGUUAGGGAAGAGCAUUUAUCGCUUUGGUUCUUAUCCUUCAAGCCAGGGGAAAAGCAACAGCGAGUUAGGACAUCAGAGACAAAAGCAUUUAUAGAACUAACAAACGCAAACGUUUGACAAGUGAGAAAGCUUUAUUAAAGCACACGUACAUGUCAGGGAGGUGGGAAACAAAAGAGCAAGUUACAGCCUGGGAUCCCAAGUUAUGCCUUCCAUUACAAUUGCAAUCCACACCAAAUCAGUCUUUGAAAACAUUCCUCCAUUCGGUUCAUACAUACAAUAGAAACCACUGUAGCUGCCCUGAAUCCAGCGUGCUUAUAGGAAAUUAAUUAGCAGCUGACUCUGUUGAAAGGGAUUUCCUCUCUGCUAUACACUCCUUCCACACACAACUUUGGGUAGAAAUGCUUAUGAGAAUAGAAAGGUCAGUUUGGAUCAAUGAGUACCGGAAGAUGAAACUUAGCUCACUAGACCCUUCUUUGAAAAGCCUCAACACACUACACCCAUGUAAUAUGUAGGUCAAAUUUA